AUGUCACACCCAGUUUCUGGUCGCGCGUUGCCGCGCCUCGGUACCGCGUGCGACGAGUGUCGCCGCCGCAAACAGCGAUGUGACGGACAGCAACCUGCAUGUCGUGUCUGUCAGGAAUCCGGGUUGACGUGUCAGACAACACAGCGAGGUGCACGAGGGCCAAAGAAAGGCUACAUAAAGGCCUUGAAAGAUCGAGUAUUGGAACUCGAGGCUCUGUUGCAGAAUCAUGUUGGCGCAGAGAAUUCGAACCAAGAGUCCAAUCCGGAAAUCCCAUACGACAUAAUACUACCAACACCAUCCACGGGACUUUCAGAUGAACCAUUGAACGGCGAUAUCCCGUUUUGGUUACCAGCAAUGUCCGAGAAUCCUAUAGCCUUGACGGGUCCCUUGUCUGAGUUGACGCCGGCUUCCAUACCUUCCCUGGCCUCUUCCAAUCUUCCACAGAUUACGAGCAUGAUGCACGCUGAACUGACUACCCCCAAGGCCACAUCACGAGCUUGUCUUCAAUGGACUAUAUGGGCACUAGCAUCACUCCUCUCAACUCAAUUCACCCAUUUGGUAGAGCCACUCUAUCAAAACGCUAAGCAGAUGUUGGAGUGUCUCAGCCUAGAAAGCAAAGACUCCCAUGACCACGACACGGAGCUUGUACAAUCAUGGGUGUUAGUUGCUAUUUACGAGUCGAUGCGUACAUACCACCAACAAGCAUGGAUGAGCGCUGGCCGAGCCUUUCGUUUAGUUCAAGCCUUUCAUUUUCAUGAGCUUGAUAUGCCGACCAGGAAUAACCUCACUCCCCGGUCAGAAAGCGACACUUUUAUCGAGAUUGAGGAGAAACGGCGUGUCUUUUGGAUGGCUUACUUCCUUGACCACCUCUUCAGUAUACGGAAUGAUUGGCCCGUUACUUUGAACGAGCAUGUGAUCUGCACUCGUCUACCAGCCCCAGAACGCAAGUUCCAGAGCGUUCAAUUUGAACUCGGCAGUUUCUUAUCAGAAGCCAUGACCGAGUCCAGCGCGUCAUCUCCAUUCAAUGAGUGUCUCAUACUGGCCACCAUCUGCGGUCGCAGCCUGCUCCACGAUCAGCAAGACAAAGUAUCCAAAGCUUACGGUGAUCUGGGUUCAGAAUGGGAGCAGCAGCGCCAAUGGCUGGAUGAUCUCCUCACAGCCCGACUUGAAGCAUUAUCUGACCGAUAUCCAUCACCCACCGAGGCACAUGAUCCCCUUUUGUUGUUUGCCCACAUCCUCGGCCAGACCACUGUUGUGUACCGCUGCAAAGGCAUGAUCCAGUCCCCAGCCAACUCCUCGACCUUGGAAAAUUCCAAUUCCGACUAUCUCAAAAUCCAGAGUCGCGCUAUAGCUGCCAUGAAAAACAUCGUGAACCUUGCAAAGGCCAUGAGCGAAUUACAUUUCUCCAAGAUUCACCCUCUAAUGCCCAUCCCAUUAUUCAUCUGCGCCGAAUUUCUCUACGAAAAUUCUUCCAAGCACAAAGAUUUUCAUCAAUCUUUGCAAGAGUUGGUCUCUAUCUUCUAUGGACUCACAAAUGUGAACAACCAUGAGCAGAGCUACGUGGACUUAUUGCCUCGGUCAUGCAUCUCGAAAACAAAAAAGCUGCUCAAGCAUGGUGUUCAGGCUAGUGCAGUUGAGGCAUAA